AUGACGUCAGGUAAAGUAGGGUUUAUGAAAGAUUUAAGUAUGGAUGCUGAUUUCCCGCCACAUAUUAUACAAGCAGAAGGCAGUCAGAGUAUACCAAACGGACAUCUCCGACCUUUGGGAUACCAAAGGUCGCCCGAGAAUCCAGUUGAAGAUUAUGAAGGGAUUGUAGACGCACAGAUUAUGUACAAUAAUUACAUUAGUCAGAAUUUACCAGUCGUAUUUAGAGACAGUAUACUCGAUUCACCAGUCUUUGAAAAUUGGGAGAAAGACGACUACCUUAAAGAGAGAUAUGGAAGCGUUAACGUGUCGGUGGUGACCAGGAAGGGGAUUAAAAGGGAGUACCUGAUCCGGGAAAGGAAGACGCUGAAGAUGAAGAAGUUUUUGUUGGAGUAUAUGUAUGAGGACUGGUAUUUAGCCGGGACUGUACCCUUGGAAAUGUUGAAGGAAUUACCACUACCAAAAUGUGUACAGUGUGGAAGUGUAGCCAACUAUUUGAGAGAAGCUGAGCUGUGGAUGUCCAGUGGGGGUACAUCUUCCCAGAUUCACGCCCAUAACGACCACUACCUCCACUGUGUGCUGUUUGGAAGAAGAGACUUCAUCUUGAUUGAGAAUGCAUAUAAGGACGCCUUUGAAUUCAGAAACGAGUUUCCAAACUCACUUGGUGGACAUUCUCCAUUAGAUAUGGAUUUUAUUAACGCCAUAAAAUACAAGAAGAUUUCUACAACACCUUGGACCUGGGCAACUCUACAACAAGGGGAUUGUAUACUUAUACCAGCAGGUUUUCUGCAUCAGGUGAGGUCUUAUGGACGGAGCAUCUCCGAGACAAUCCUGAUCACUCCGACUCCAUUCUUUGAUGCCACUGGUUGCGAUAAGAAACAAUACAAGAAGCCCAAGACGCUGGCCGAUGCUGCUUUCAUGUGGUCUUUUGAAGAGGGCAAACGGGUUUUGAAGAACUGGAAUCUCAAUGCUGAGAGUUUAAGAUAUCUAUUACUGGCCGAGUUAAGAACCCAAGAAAAGCUUCCUAUAGAACAAUUUAUCGUCUUCUAUCAAGAAGCUAUGGUGUGGGGCCAAGAAGACCUGGUGCCGGGGGCUACAGUGUUCGCCAUGCUAUUUGAAACUGGUACACGAGAAGUCACUCGUGAAGAUAUUAUGAAUCUCUCACCUGAAAAAUUAAAAAAAGCAGCUAAAAUAUUUAACAAACCCUACGUCGAUAGACCACGAAAAUCGCAGCAUAAACACACGGAGUUGUAA